AUGCCACAGGAGGGAACAGACGCAGUGAAGAGCGGCUCUAUGGAUAGACAGCUGAAAUCUGGUAACAACACCCUGUUUCUGUCUCUCUCAGUAGACGUUGUUGCUGUUGAUUGGGAACACAAAAUGCUGCCUUGGAAGAAGAAUAAGUUUGACCUGAUAGAGGAAGACAAGCAGUCCAAGCAAAAGGGCUAUGCGGUGAGUCUGAACUACUCUGCGCUCACUUCUUUUGCCAAGUCGUGUCCCGAGAGCGCGCUCAGCAGGGUCGGAAGCAUGUUCAAGUCCAAGAGGAAAAAGGUGAAGAUCACCAGCGAGGACCCAACCUACACUGUGCUCUACCUGGGAAACGCCACGACCAUCCAGUCCAAAGGAGACGGCUGCACCGAUGUGGCCGUGAGCAAGAUCUGGGCCAAGAGUGAGAUGGGAAAGAAUGGUACAAAAAUGAGACUGACCAUCAGCUCGCAGGGUAUCCGCAUGGUGCAUGUGGACGAUAAACCCCGCAGACCAGGACACCUGUACCUAUUACACCGGAUUACCUACUGUGUGGCGGACCCGAGGCUGCCCAAAAUAUUCGCUUGGAUAUACAGACACGAGAUGAAGCAUAAGGCAGUUAUGCUGCGUUGCCAUGCGGUGCUUGUGUCCAAACCAGAGAAGGCAAAAGCUAUGGCACUGCUGCUGUACCAAACCUCUGCCACGGCUCUUGCAGAGUUUAAAAGACUGAAGCGCAGGGAUGAUGCUCGGCACCAGCAGCAGCAGCUGAUCGGGGAGCAGACCAUUCCACUGGUCCCUCUCAGAAAGCUGCUAAACGGACAGUGUUAUUACAAACCACCGGUGGAGCGCAGUCGCAGCGCGCCCAAGUUGGGCUCCAUCACAGAGGACUUGGUUGGAGAAGAGGAGGAGGAAAAGUCCAUGCACUUUGAAUGUGAGGACAUUUUGGACAAUGACUGUAAUGAGAAACAGGAGCUUACUCAGAUCAUUAAUGACUUGGGGGAGAUGAGCAUAGGGAACGAUGUGCAGUCUCUGAAAGCGGACCUCAGGGUGACCCGACUACUGUCUGGUGAAAGUACGGGCAGUGACUCCUCUAUAGAAAGCAACCAAGAGCCUCCUCACCUCACAAAUGGUUUGGAGGAACUUAAGAUCAAGGAAGUUGCCCAGUUAUCUUGA